UAAGAUUUUUUUUUUAGUUGGAGGCUAGCAUAUUCCGGGCGUGGACAGUGAUAAAAUGGCUGCUUCGGGUAAAAAACAGAAGAAGCGGAAAGGAAAGACUUUUAAUCUAAAUGACUUUCUGGCAGAUGAACAGCGUGGGUUACCUGGGGGACCAGGUAGCAAUAUUGUGCGGACAAGGCAGACAAUGAAUUCUUGGGCGGAAGAAGCUGCAAGUCUUGAUCUUGAUGGGAGAGAUUAUGGAGAUAGUACCUAUAAAACUGUUAUUGACCGUUCCAUGCUGCCUACGGCACCAAGGGCAGCACGAGGUCCUGAUAUUAACCUUGAAAGUAUCCCACAAACAGCCCCAUUUAUAGCUUAUAUCGGAAAUCUACCAUAUGAUAUCGAGCAAGAAAAAAUUGCCAAAUUUUUUUCGAAGCUGAAGGUAUCCGAAAUCAGGUUGCCGCUUGACAGAGGAUCUCGUGGAUUUGGUUAUGUUUACUUCUCGGACAGAGAAUCUCUUAUAGAGGCAUUAUCUAUGAAUGACGAUGUGAUUCAUGGAAGAAAGAUUCGCAUUGACUUGCCAGGAAACACAGAUCGUGAUGACAGACGAGGUGGGCAUGACCACUUUGAUCGAACGGAUUGUGACUGGAGACGUCCUAGAGAUGAUGAUGAAGGUGGUGGUAGAGGUUUUGAUAGAGACAAUUAUGGUGAUAGGGAUCGAUUUGGUGACAGAGACAGGGAUCGUGGAGGAUUUGGUAAUGCUGCUCCCGAAACUGGCCGCUGGGAAAGAUCAGGUCCAACAGAAAGGAGUGACCGGAGCGAUCGAUAUUCUGCUGCACCUUCUGAUACAUGGGAUCGAGGAGUGACAAUUGAAAAGUCUAAUGAACGAUGGGGUGAUCGUGAUAAAGGAUUUGACCGUGAUAGAGGAUUUGAUCGCGACAGAGGAUUUGACCGUGAAAGAGGAUUUGAUCGCUAUGGAGAUCGUGGAUAUGACCGGGGUUAUGGCAAUAAUCGUUUCCGUGAGGAUAGAGGUUAUAACAGAAGAAAUGAGAGAGGUUUUGAAAGAAGAGGCUUUGGUGGCGAGAGUGAGCCAAGCCGUGAGUCCAGUUCUGAUCCUCCCAAGGACAGACCUCGAUUAAAUUUGAAACCUAGAUCAGUCGCAGCAACUGAACCUGUAGCUGAAUCCUCAUCAUCCAUUUUUGGUGGUGCUCGUCCUGUUGAUACCAGUCAAAGAGAAAAGGAGAUAGAGGCCCGAAUCCGUCGUGAAGGAGAUAUUAUAAAAGCCCGGAAUGAUGAUGAAAAAGAAAAUAAUUAUUACAAGUCAAAUGAUUACUCCAGCCAAUAUCCUGGUAAAGGAGGAGAAAGAGAUAGUUCACGGCGAGAUAAAAGGCAAAGUGGUGGAAGCACCUCUUCACAAGGAAGAGGUAUAAGACCCACACAAAACCAACCAAGAACUAGAUGUGAUAGUAGAGACUCUAGUAAUUCAGAACCAAAUACAGAUGAAAAAGAAGAAAAACAAGUGCCACUUUCUCCUAGAAAAGAAGAUCCUCCAACCAAAAUGGUGCCUGCUCCACCACCCAAAGAGAAUAUUUGGGAAAGACGGAAAACUGAACAGCAGUCAAAUAAAGGAUCAGAAAGUUCACGAAAUCAGAAACAGUUUAACGAUUCUUCAAAAAGAGAUGAUGGAGUUGGUGAAAAUGAACUGAAUGGCAAAGCGUAUCCUAAUGACAAACAUGACCAACCCAGUAGAGGUGGUUCAGAAAAAAGGCGUCCUGUUCGAGAGAAACAGAUGCCAAAGUCAUAUGAGGAAAUGCCUCAGCUUCAAGAUAAUGUGAAAAAGGAUUGGACUGACGCCAACAAAUUCGACUAUUUAAAUACUGAGGAUGAAGACUACCAGGAUCACUCGUGAACAAGUUUUCAACUGCGAAAAUUUAAAAGCCAUAUUUAGUUUCCUCGUUUCCCAUUCAAAACAUCCAAACGCUCUCCUUUUCUCUCUUACUUUAGUAGUUGCUCAACACUAUUCAAACUAGUGUUAACUUCAUUUUUUUUUUUUUUUUAUCAAUGCAGGUCUGGCCAACAUGAUUUUAAUAGGGAAAAGCCAAAUAUAAAUACAGAAAAAGAAAAACUCCUUUAGUAGCAAAAAACAAAAGAUGACAAACAAAAACUCCUGAGUUAACGCUUUUCUUUCCUUUUUUCUUUUUUUUUUUUUUCUUUUUUUUGUAUACUGUAAAUUAUUAUUUUAUUAAUUCUGCAUUUAGCAUCGCAGAUGCUGUCUUCAGCCUAAACUUCUUACUGACUUGAUUUGGUGUUAACAGCUGUUGAGACUCUGGAUUAUUUUAAUUUUGUUUCCUUAUAUCAUUCCUCAUAUUGUUCGUCCUUUUAGCUCUCUCUAUCUCUCCCCCACUGCCCUCUCAGGAGUUAUUUGGUUUAUUAUUUUGCCAAAAAAGGAAUGCCUUCCAAAAAGUAUUCAAUGCAAUGUCUGAUCUAAUCAGUUUUAUCUUUGGUUUGAUAUAUAUAUAUAUAAACAUAUAUACAUACAUGCAUACAUAUAUAUGUAUAUAUCUCAGUGUCUUUUUCUUUUUAAUUUUGUUAAGGAGGUUAAUCUCUUCAACUGUAUAUCUUCUUCUUGCAUGGCUAAACAGUUUGUGUGUUUGUGUAUGUAUGUAUUUUUGUAUAUAUAUAUAUACGUACAAAUGCACAUGCAUUUUCCUAGCAUAGUGUCUUAAGAUUUAUAGAUAUUUAAUGUUUCCGUUUGUAAAUGAUUUUGAUGGUACACUGACGUAGGCUUUGUCUCUUUGCUGCAACAUUACAUCAGAUGUGUUUGUUACAUUAAUACAUGAAAGGCCUAUAGUAUUUCAGUAACAGUGUAUUUUGUGAUGCUUCCGUAUCAGUGCGUAUGCACACAGACUGGAUAAAAAGUAUGUGGUUCAGUUCAUCACCCAGGUGUUUAGGCUCCAUCAUCACAAUUGAUUGGUCUGACGGCAAUGGCUUCUUUAUUUCUUAACCUUUCAGAUAUCUGCAAUGAUAUUACUCGACUCCUUCAGUGAACUUUUGCUUUAUCGUUUAUUUAACACUUCAUCCUUACUCCUACUUACUGUUGUCUGCCUGCAGGCUAGCGGGUUGUGCUUUUAUAGUUUGCUUUAUAGGACACCACUGUCAUGUCCCUUGGUUGGUCAGACUAGAUAAGUACUUGCUAAAGUAAGUAAGUAGACAAACAGUGUAGCAAAAGGGACGAGGUUCUAUGUAAAUUGAUGCCAGUUUGUCCUGUGACUUUGGCACAUAAACUUCCUGCAAUACCCCAUCCUGGUUUAAUACUGGUUUGUGUUCAAAUGCGCAGAAAUAUAUUUUCUAAAGAAAUGUGUAAUUAAAACUGUCAAGAAAAAAAAAAUGCUAAGAAAUUUAAGCCUUUUUUCCUUUGUCCUUUUUAUGUUUAUACCUUAGGCUCAUUCAUUCCUCUUCUCUCAAGUUCUUUUUUUUUUUUUUUUUUUUUCCUUCCUGCCUCUUCCUUAUCAUCCCUAUAUCACUUGUUACAUUUAUUGCCCCAUCCCCACUCCCACCAGAUUGAAAACUGUCAGUAAAUACAAAUGUGAUUUCUGAAAUUGGAUUUGAAAAUAAAAAAUAAAAUUAUUAAAAAGAAUACAUUUAAA